GAGGGGAAAGAAGACGGCGGCGAAGAGAGAAUCGGACAGAAUCGGUAGUAAAGGGAAAAGCAGCAGCCCAGCCCGUCCCAGCCUCUCCUCGCCCAGGCACCCAGGUUUUGGGCUGCUUGCUUUUGGGAGCGCUCCAAUGCCUGGUCCUACUCAAGCGCUGUCCCCAAAUGGAGAGAACAACAACGACAUCAUCCAGGAUAACGGCACCAUCAUCCCUUUCAGGAAGCAUACAGUGCGAGGGGAGCGUUCCUACAGUUGGGGAAUGGCGGUCAACGUGUAUUCUACCUCUAUAACCCAAGAGACUAUGAGCAGACAUGACAUCAUUGCAUGGGUGAAUGACAUAGUAGCUUUAAACUACACAAAAGUUGAACAACUGUGUUCAGGAGCAGCUUACUGCCAGUUCAUGGAUAUGUUGUUCCCAGGGUGUAUUAGUUUGAAGAAAGUAAAAUUCCAAGCGAAGCUCGAACAUGAGUAUAUUCAUAACUUCAAACUUCUACAAGCAUCAUUUAAAAGAAUGAAUGUGGAUAAGGUCAUUCCAGUAGAGAAAUUAGUAAAGGGACGUUUCCAAGAUAACCUUGAUUUCAUACAGUGGUUUAAGAAAUUUUUUGAUGCUAACUAUGAUGGCAAAGAAUAUGAUCCAGUAGAAGCUCGGCAAGGACAAGAUGCAAUUCCACCACCUGAUCCUGGGGAACAGAUCUUUAAUCUGCCAAAAAAAUCUCAUCAUGCAAACUCUCCUACAGCAGGUGCUGCCAAAUCCAGUCCUGCAUCAAAACCUGGCUCCACAUCAUCUCGUCCAUCAUCAGCCAAAAGAACACCGCCAAGCAGUUCAGUGUCAAAGUCUGAUAAAGAUUUGGAGACACAAGUCAUACAGCUUAGCGAACAGGUACAUUCAUUAAAACUUGCACUUGAAGGUGUGGAAAAGGAGAGAGAUUUCUAUUUUGGGAAAUUAAGGGAGAUUGAGCUUUUAUGUCAAGAACACGGAGAAGAAAACAAUGAUCUUGUUCAACGGUUAAUGGAAGUUCUGUAUGCUUCAGAAGAACAUGAGAGCCACACAGAAGAACAUGAAGGUGAAGAACAGGUUCAUGAACAGCCCCAGCAGCAGGAAGAAUACUGACCAUCUGGCACAUUGGCUGUUUCUGAUUUUCUGUGGGAACUUUCUUUGGAAGAAUGGAAUGUGUGUGGCCUCAGACUUGAAACCAAUCACUCUCUGUCUGCCAUUAACAUAAAUGUACCAUACUGUGUCAGCCAACUUGCCAAGAUGUGUUUUGCAGAAGUCUUCUAUCGGCGUUUGAACCUAAGAAGGUCUGCAAGCUUUGUUCCCAGUUUCUACCACUGCAACGUCACUAUCUGGCUGCUUGAAAUUUGUUCAGCUUUUAAAAAUAUAUAUAUAAAUAUAAUAUAUAUAUAUAUUUAUUUUUCCUUCUGUCUUAAGUAUGAAUAACAUUUGUAAUUUGUUCAAAACUAUUUAUAUGGGCAUCUCUUAAAAUAAAAAGUACUAUUCAGUUAGGUUUCACAUUUCAUGAUAAUUCGGUGCACUUGGACAUUACUUUGGACAAAAGGCAAAAGUGGGAAAUAAUUGAAAUAGACAAAUUCAAGUAAUUUCAAAUAAUUUUCCCUAAUUAGAACAAAAGCACACAUGCUAGAGCUGUAAUGUUUCUGAUGUCAUAAUCCAAAGCAUGCUAGAAAGCUAUACAGUGUUUCUUAUAGUAUUGGAAGAUGCAUACAUGCCUGCCUAAUCUUUCUUUGGACACUUCCUUCUUCUAGAAAGGUUAUUCUUGUUUCAAUUCUAUAUUCAAUGUUUUGUCAAUUUAAGCAUUUAUACUGAUCUUUACAGUAUAUAUGUCUCAAGAUGUCACCUAUAUUCCAAUUCCCACUGCUGGCUACACUGAUUAUGAAAACAAACAUUUAUUUUUUCUUCUGUGCAAGUG